CUGAUAUAAAAAUAAGUAACACAAAUGUUUGUGCGCAAAGUGUCUGCUGACAAGUAAACGCUGUUCAUUCUUUCAACGAUGAAGUACAAACAGUUCAUUAGAGUUGUUUUGAUUUGGGUCUCAAAGUUUUUGUUGUUUGCAGAAUGUGAUCCAUGCACUAUAAGAAUUGAAGAUCCAGAAUGGAACGGAAUGUGGUAUCUUAACAGGAUAAAUGGAUAUGACAUGAAUGUAUUGCCAGCAUGGAGAAGUUGUGUGAAUGGUACUGGAGUGACAGUAGGUGUGGUUGACAAAGGUAUCCAGGACCACAUAGACCUUAAUAUUGAUAGGUCGUUGGAUUCUGGAUUUACACGCUAUAGUAGACCGAUAUAUCAACAUUGGUCACCCCUGCGGCUAUGGGCAGGAUUCAGAUCUGGUAGCAACACAUCGAAUAGACGAGAUCAAGAAUCAUUAAAACAUGGUACAAGGGUAGCCGGUAUUGUUGCAGCGAAGAAGAAUCGGCAGGGUAUAAUUGGAAUUGCAUUUGGAGCUCAAAUUGCAGAUGUUCGAAUAGCCUCGACAGCAGUAUACGAAACAUUCGAUGCGAAUUUACUUAGACAUCGUUGUGAAGUUAUAGAUGUUUACAGUUGUAGCUUUUCUAACUUCCAUACUGGAACGAAGAUAUAUCCUCUGCUUUCCAAUCAGAAAAAUGCCUUAGAAUACGGAACAACUUAUGGAAGGGGUGGUCGUGGAUCUGUGUAUGUUUCUGCUACUGGAAAUAGUGGUGGUGAAGAAACCGAUGUCUUUCGUGAUAGUUGUUCUUAUGACAGACUGGUUGCCAAUAGAUACGUGAUUUCUGUAGCAGGUAUUCAGCAUAAUCUUCGAAAACUUCCAAAUGGCGAAGCAUGUAGUGCUAUAAUGGUUGCAGCUUUUACUUCAAAAGCCGGUGACAGGAGUAAUAGAAGAGUGAUAACAACAGAUGUUGGGAACAGAACAACAUUCCAUUUUAACCAGAACGCAGCAGCAGUACCUAUGGUAUCAGGUGCUGUAGCUCUUGCUUUAAGUGCCAAUCCAGCUUUAACUUAUCGGGACAUUAUGCAUCUACUGGUACAGACGUCAAGAAGUAAUCUCCAAGAUAACAUAUACAAAUCAAAUUUCUUAACAAAUGCUGCAGGAAUCCGAGUGUCAUCAUAUUUUGGAUUUGGACUACUUGAUAUUGGCACGCUAGUCGAAAGGAGUAAAACCUGGAUUAACGUCCCACAAAGACAAACUUGUAGAACAACAAAAACUUUUGACAGUCCACUAAGUCGUGACUCCAAUUACUUUGUAAUUGAAAUCACUGGAUGCUCUGCUACUUAUAUAGAACAUGUUGAAAUAUCAUUAAAAGUAAACCACCAACAUGCAGGACAGAUAAAAUGGGUUCUCGAAUCUCCGUAUGGCACAAAAUCUACAAUUCUGCCUGGCAGAGGUCUCGAUCCUACUUCAUACAUGGACAUAACUGUCUUAACUGUUCAAAUGUGGGGAGAAAAUCCUAAUGGAUACUGGAAAAUUGAACCAACAGCUGUGUUUGGUAAAACUCUUGAUAACGGCAAUGUAGAAUCUGUAAGCCUAUCGAUUCAUGGAUAUGCGUGUUUAGGUCAGCACUGUCUACCACCUGCUGAACAAGGCGUAGGAGGUUGGAGCGGAUGGCUUCCAUGGUCACAAUGUACAGGUGUAUGUGGACAAGGAACUAAAAGUCGAAUUAGACUGUGUAACGACCACAGUAAUUCAAGAUAUUGUCCAGGAGACAGGUCGGAGAAAGUAUCAUGUCGUCUUCCUCAGUGUCAGUUUGAAAUACAAUCAGGAGAAAAUUAUAGUGGCUGUCCAUCGCCAUCAUGGUUAACAUCAAAAUGUGUUGAACAGUGUUCGAGAGACAAUGAUUGUAGUGGAGAUGCGAAAUGUUGUUAUAACGGAUGUGGUCAUUCAUGCGAAAUAUCUAGAACAUGGUAUAGAACACCAGUCAAUGUCCCGUUAUCAGUGACAGGCAAUAAACCUGGUCAAUGUCCAUUGCAUUUAACAAGAAGAUGUGUUGAACAGUGCUCAAACGACAAUGAUUGUCUCGGACAAAGAAAAUGCUGUUACAACGGGUGUGGUCAUACAUGUGAGGCACAUAAUACUUGGAUCAGUUCUAUUGGAUGUCCUUUGCCAUCAUUGUUAAGAACAAGAUGUGUUGAACAGUGUUCGAGUAACAGUGAAUGUUUUGGACAUGCGGAAUGUUGUUAUAACGGGUGUGGUCAUACAUGUGAGAUACCUAGAUUAUAUCCUAUUACACCAACAACCACAGCCUCGACAGAGCUAGAUCACCCAACACCGACAACAACAGCUUGGACAGAGCCAGAUCGUGCAACACCAACACUAACAGCUUGGACAGAGCAAGAUCGUGCAACACCGACACAACCAGAUUGGACAGAGCAAGAUCAAGAAACACCAACACCAACAGCUUCGACAGAGCCAGAUCAUUCAACACUAACAGCUUCGACAGAGCAAGAUCAUGCAACACCAACAACCACAGCUUUGACAGAGCAAGAUCGUGCAACACCAACACAACCAGAUUGGACAGAGCAAGAUCAUGUAACACCAAAACCCACAGCUUCGACAGAGCAAGAUCAUGCAACACCAACAGCCAGAGCUUCGAUAGAGCUAGGUUGUGUAGAUCUAUGGGAAGAUUGCAGCAGUUAUUCAGACCGAGAUAAUUUAUGCAAUCAACAAAAUCUUCGCGAUAAUUGCCGAAACACAUGUGGAUUGUGUUUUUCAGUUGAAAAUUGAACAUGUUGAAAUCAAUGUAAUAAAAAAUGUUUAAGUGAA